UGUGACCAGCGAUCAUUGUUUUAUAACCAGAAUGUGGCCUUGUAUUCCUAUCGUGGAGAGCUUUCGGAUGAUAUACGAGAUACAACUUCCGUUUUACCAAAUAGUAGCGUCAGAACGGACACGCUAGUUCCGUUUUGGGUUUAUCAGCCCAUUCGUUCAGCACAUGUUCCUUUAUCUUUGUCUCGAUCUUAGUACUAUUUUUUACACCUCUACUAUUAUAUAUGUAGGCGCACGUAGUUUCUCUUCCAAUCCAUUGCUUAUUUGAUUGUCACGGUCUUUUGAACCGAAUACCAACAUCUAAUAAAGCUUGCGGGAUACGUUUUUGUUCUCGCCCGGUCGUCUCGAGGAGUGUAGGUGAUUAGUGGAAGCUGUUAUUCUUUAUUACUAUAGAUCCACAUAGGAUACUAUAAAAACUGCCCGUGCUUCCGAUCUUGUACAGGUCUUCCCUGAACCUCAUCACAGCAAGUAUUUGGGGACUUCAGAAAGCUGACCAAAAAGCACUUUUGUUUAAAUUUCCUGUCACCCCGCAGUUAAAAACAUGAAGCCACAUCGCCCUAGUGUCUAUGUCCAGCCAUCCCUGUGUGUGUUGUUCCUGCUCGUCAUCUCUUUCACCAGUGUGCACAGCAAAUCAAAACGUUCGCAAGAUGUUAUAGAGCCUGUUGACGAAGGACGCGUUCAGGAAAGACGGGAUCUGGAACAUGCCGACGAAGGAUUGAGCGCUCUUCUUGUGGCCGCCUUUGAGCACCGGGAGAGAGAACUGGAAGAAUUCUAUAGGGACGUUCCAGACGAGGAGGAUGUUGAACCCGACCCUAACACAGACGCACAAAGCCUGUUUGCACAAAUUAGAAGUGAAGCUAUAGAUAGCCAGGCUCAGGCUUACAGUCUGGAGCAGAAAUCUAUCCUGACAGAGAAGAGGAGAAAGAGAUCAGAGAGAAAAAGAAAAAGAUUUCUCGACCGUUUAACUGGUCAAGCUAAUGACCCUUCGAAGACGAAGAGAGGAAAUGACGCGAAAAUAAGGAACAAGCGAGUCGUCCAGAGCGAAGAAAAACGAGUGUGGACAGAAGGACUGGUCCCGUUUAUGUUCACAGACGAAAUAAACAAUGUUUCCGCCAUCCAAAUCAAGAGAGCCAUGUCAACAUUUCAACGUUUUACCUGCCUGCGGUUCAUGCCCUGGUCAAAUGAAACAGGCAACGGGACGCAGACGACCAACGAUGUACUAGCCUUGGACCAUCAGAGCUAUCUGAAAUUUGUCAAUGGCCCCGGAUGCUGGGCAGAACAAGGCAACAGGCGAUCGCCCUCGGGUCAGGAAAUAUCGUGCUGUGGAGGCAGUACAAAUUCACCUUCGAGUACGCUCCAAAAGAUGCAUUCAGCACUGGCUUUGAUCUGCAGUCCGUUAUGCACUACGGCCCGACGCUCUGGACAAGGAAUGGAAAUGAGACAAAUAGCGUUUUGUUUUCGGACCUUCCAUCUGGCAGUGAAUACUUCUAUCUGAUGGAGGAAGUCUCUUUGGCUCACAACUGCCACGGGUCUUUCACUGGGGGUUUCCCUGGUGGUAAGUACGCUCUCCCUGCUCCUAUUGGAGGAUGUCCUGACUCGGCAUUCUUGGAGGGAGCAAGGACACACUUCGGAGAAGCUGCCCCUUGUGAAGACGCAAGCUCGUACUGUUCGUACUGGGCCAAAAUCGGAGAGUGCGAACGGAACCCCGGAUUCAUGGUCACAACAUGCAAGGUUUCUUGUAACCUAUGCUAUCAAACCGAAAGUUUCACCAGCAAGUCCUACCACCUCGCGGGCACUGUCUCUGGUGCUCGUGUGGAGCACGAAUUCUGCGUCAAUGACGGUAACGCCAUAUCCAGCAAACAGAUGUGGCCAUCUGGUCGCUACUGCAUCUUUCGUUACGGAGACUCGUGCCCUGAAGGCUUUGAGAAUGGCACAGUGGAAUUCCCUGACGUGAAUAACUCGAGCAGCUCCGUGAUUGGGGAAGUCCCGGCCGGUGUCUACGAGGAGGACCUGACUGUCUUCGAGUUCUGCUGUCGCCAGGACGGAUUUGAUAGCGAUAACCUCUACUUCCCGACCGACAAACCUUUUGCGCUGCUCCAGUUCGGUAUGGGUUGUCCUGCGAUGGAAGCAAUGCGCGCAAUACCAGAGUAUAUGGUGUUCAACAGCGCCGGCAAAGCUAAGAUCACUGGGAUCACACCUGUACUGGAAUAUAAUGAAGAAAACACCCAAUACAUCAUCAGGCAUUGCUACUAUGAGGCGGUCAACAUGGCUGACACCAUGUGCUACAAGGCUGACGACAAAGGGGCCUCUUACGCCGGACAAGUGAACUUCACGAGAGCGUUUAAACCUUGUCUACCCUGGUACAAAGUUAUGGAGUGUAACCACGGAGCCUUCGAAUACCCGGACGUCUUGGGAAAUCUGGAGGAGAAUUAUUGCCGUAACCCUGGCGACGGUGUCCGACCUUGGUGUUACACAGAACUUCACAAUUGUAGGAGGGACUACUGUGACGUGUGCUUCGAUGAAAACCGUUACGAUGUGCAUGUGGACUGUGACCUGCUGGCUGAGAUGGGCAUGUGUGAGAACGACCCCAGGGCCCUCAGCACGUGCGCUGCGACCUGCGAGAGCAACCUACAGUCCUUCACGGAACCUCCCAUAGCUUCAACUGUGAGCUGCAGUCCCCCUGACCCUCUGCCCGACGGUGCUGUCGUGGGCACACUCAAAGACAGCUACUCCAUGGGGGAGAUCGUCACCUACCAGUGCGACAAGUCCAACAUGACACAGGAGCGCACCUGCCUCAGCAAUGGGAUGUGGUCCUCACUCAACUACGUCUGCCAAGAAUGUUACAAAGACUGGAAACUCUAUGAUGGUCACUGCUACAAAUAUUUUGAAGACGCAUUGAAAUAUUCAGAGGCUGAAAUUGCUUGUGCUGCUUUCGGUGGUGUAUUGACGACAGCAAAAUCGGAGGAAGAAAACGACAUUGUGUCAUCGGUCAGGAUGGACGAGAAAGAGGUUUGGUUAGGAGGAAGUGACAGGGUGACCGAAGGGGAAUUUAAAUGGGGCGAUGAGGAACCCUUCGACUACACAAACUGGCUGAAAGACCAACCAGACAAUUUCUAUAACUCCGACUGUGUGAUCAUGAAGGCAGACAAAUCUUGGAACGACAUCGCGUGUGAAUUUUACUCCAAAAGUUACGUUUGCAAGCAUAAACAAUUUGAGGUCAAAGCGUGUGAUGACGUCAUCGAGGACUGUGUCAACCUGAACUACUACGACCCCGUAGCUUGCACAAGCCAAGCAGAGUUCAUGCACCGGAACUGUCGAAGAACCUGCGGACUCUGCAAGUCAAUCUCCUGUACGGUUGAGCAACCUUCAGAGAACGUCGAGUUGCUGAGCGAUCUGACGGAAGUUCCUCAGGGCAGUACCGUAACUUAUAAGUGUAAGGACGGAUUUGUGGCUGUGGCAGGCAAUACCGUCCGGGGAUGCCAAGAUUGUGGGCUGAUGACUGGAGAUACCCUUAAAUGUGUGGCCCAAGAAUCCGUAGAGGUCACCAUGGACUCCCCACCACUAGAAAAGCCUAAAAUGUCUGGCACUCCCAGGCGUGCCUUCACCGGCAAUGUGCCAUACAUGAGAGUGCCUAUCGAUGGCCACAUAGUGCGCUGGGAGUUCUUCAGCUCUAGCUACGGGGAUGGCGCUUUCCAAGUGUGGAGGUCCUUUGGUGAAGGGAAUUUUACGUAUCAGUUGAUUGGGCAGAAUCCCGUGAAGACGGUCUCAGAUUUCCAAGUUAACUACUAUGUGCCCGAGGCGGACCGUAUCCCUGUUCGUAAAGGGGACUUGAUCGCUAUUUACUACGGCAAUGAUUAUGCAGGGAUUGGAUACGCUUUAUGCAGCCUUGCUGACAAUCCAGAUUAUAAAAAUCUAGGAUACCUGAAAAACCCCAUCACCAGCGCGGCGGACUUUGAGGCCGGUAACUAUUACGAAUUCGCGCCCUUGGAUGCAUCCAGUGCUUGCCGUCAAUAUAUCUUCAGGGCUGUGGUUUUGCCCGACUAGACCAAGACAGACAAAUAAUGGAAGAAGAAAGAAUGAAAUGAAAACAAAGGUGCAGCACUAUACAAACUAUGUAUAAUGCUUUCCAUGAAAAAGACUUUCGAGUAAUGUGCUACCCUUCUGUUCGUCUGGUAAUGUCGCAUCAAACCUAAUGUCGACAAGGAGCAAGAAGAUAUGAUGUUGAAACCGUUUCCGAGCUUUGCCGGUUAUGCUUUCAAGGGUGUAUAAUUUACUACUCGUGCAAUAUGGGUGUUGAAACUAAUAGCACACAUCUCACAAACUUUUUACAAAUGCAAAGUGCAACGGCAGUUUGUGAAUGACGCUAACAAAAAGAAAAUAAAGGUGUAAAAACAAA